AUGGCUGAGAAAUCGGAAACACUUGUCACUAAGGAGGAGCGAAUUAAUGAAGCAAAGGAACUGUUUGGUCGCGGUAGUCGAAACUAUUGUAUGAAACAGUACGCGGACGCGGCCGACGAUUUAAGUGAAUGCUGUUCCAUCUACUCCGAGGUGCACGGGCCGAAUGCGGAAGAAUUAGGAUUGCCUUAUCUAAUGUAUGCCAAAUCUCUGAUUGCCCUCGGGAAAGAUGAGAACAAUCUGAUCGUUGCGGAGGACGCCGAAGACGAGGAGGAUGACGAUGACGAUGAGGAAGAGGAGGGAGAGAACGAAGGCGACGAGAAAAAACAAGCAGAAAAUACUGAUAAAGAAGAAAAAGAUGAAGAGAUGGAUGCGAAGGAGCCAUCACAUGAGGAUGGAGAAGGUACAGCCAUGGAACAAGAAGAUGAAAAAGAUGAUACCGAGGACAAGGCCGAACAGACAGAAGUCUCUGAACCAGUUGUAGCAGGAACCAGCGGCACGAAGGAUGUAAACGGUGAGCCACAGCCGGGACCUUCAACUUCCAACGGAGAAACCUGUGUGCAGGAGGAUUCCGCCGACAAUUUGCAGGUUGCCUGGGAAAUCCUUGAACUGGCAGUCAGCAUCUUCCAGCAACAGGGAGAAAAAGGAUACGAAAAUCUUCCCGAAUGCUACACAGAAUUGGCUGGCAUUUCCUUUGAAAACAGUUUCUUCAAGGAAGCUAUCAAGGAUUACGUGAAAGCAUUAGAGAUUUACAAGAAAACAAAACAACCCGACCUGCGUUUGCUGGCCGAAGUGAACUACAAAGUUGGUUUGUGCUACAUGAUGGAGAAAGAGUUCGAGGAGUCGAUAAAAUCGUUCCAAGGCGCUGUAUCGGAGCUGGAGAAGGUGGUAGAGGAGGAAAAAGCGAAAGAGCAGACUGAUGACAUUAAAGAAACUAUUUUGGAUCUGGAGCAAAUGAAAAUGGAAAUUUUAGAAAAGAUUACGGAUGUCGAAGAUGCGAUGAAAACGCCCAUAGAAGAUGUAAAACGAGAGCUUUCAAAGAUCCUCGUUUCCGGCGAGGGUGAAUCUAAUGGCAAGGAUCUAAACAAUGGUGCCGGUACCUCUUCUGCAACGGGUAGCUCUAAUGGUUGCAGUUCCAAGCCCACGGGAGCUACCUCCUCAAAGCCGGCAAAUGAUAUUUCGCAUCUUAUCAAGAGAAAGAAACCGGACAGCGUCACCACCGAGGUGGAAGGAUCUCCGGCGAAGAAAACCGCUUCGGAAACGGAAAACGUAGCGGCGUCUAAUAACUCAAGUGCGUAA